UGGUGCACUGUAGCCAAGUCUUUCCAAAUCUGCUGCGAUAUAACAGGCUGUGACAGAAAGAGUUACCAGGUUACCAGGUUCCCUCUUUGGCCCUGAGUCUUUCUUAUAAUGUACUGGGCUGCCAUGUGGGCAGAACUGAGCUCUGACCAGACCGUAACAUUUUCCCUAUUGCUCUUUGAGCAGAAGAAAACGGAAUUGUCAUAAGGGUCAUCCUUGGACCGCACAAAGACGAGUGCCCCUGCUCCCAGGUGGUGAGGGCUUCAAGUCCCUUUCAGCAUGGGGACUUGAUGUGGCAUUUGGUGACAGGAGCUCUGCUCUAGUGGAUUUUGCUACCCAAAGAAUUUCCCAGCGGAUACAAUGAUCACAGAAUCACAGAAUGGUAGGAGUUGGAAGGGACCUCUAGAGAUCAUCUAGUCCAGCACCCCUGCUAAAGAUGUUUAUAUAACAUUUGGUGUAGAUGUUUCUAAUCUCUAUAUUUGAGUAUCACAGAUGUGUUUUUCAGUACUCUACAUAUUUUUAACCUAUUAUGGAGGGAGUCAUUUCUCUCUUUUAUGGGAGGAAUAACAGUACCUAUUCAAAUAAAGCAUUAUUAAAGACCAAAACAUUAAUAUUCUUUAAACAAAGCGUAGGUCAUUUCAGGAUGCUUUUAAUAAACCUACUUGGUCCACAAGGAGUUAAUUCUCUCCUGGAUUUACCAGUUAUCAGGAAGAUUGUCUUAAGAAAACUCUUGGUCUGACACUCUUCUGCUGUCCCCUCCCUUCUUUGUUCUCUUCUUUCUUUCUCCGAUUACAGUUCCAAAAACAACACCCAACCUCCAGAGGUCAAUGGUUAAUAUUCCCCAGUGUUUAUAUAGUCUCCAGCAGCAGACCUCAGGCCCUUCAGCACUGGGCUAGCUCCAGCACCAUGGCUGGCUUCUUGCAGAUGAUCCUAGCCUUCAGGAAAUAUCUGAUCGUAGUGUUGGUACCCCUUUUGUUUCUUCCUCUGCCUCUGGUUGUUCCUACCAAGGAGGCCCAAUGUGGUUAUGUUAUCAUAGUGAUGGCACUGUUUUGGUGCACGGAAGCCUUGCCGUUGGCUGUCACAGCUUUCCUUCCCGUCCUGCUGUUCCCACUAAUGAAUAUCAUGGAUUCAGCAACAGCCUGCCGGGAGUACUUGAAGGACACCAAUAUGCUUUUUAUUGGGGGACUGCUGAUAGCCAUUGCUAUUGAGAAUUGGCACCUACAUAAGCGCGUUGCUCUGCAGGUCUUGCUUAUCACUGGUGUCAGACCAGCCCUACUUCUCAUGGGUUUCAUGAUUGUGACCGCCUUCCUGUCGAUGUGGAUCAGCAAUACCGCCACCACUGCCAUGAUGGUCCCAAUAGCACAAGCAGUGUUGGAACAGUUGCACAGGUCCGAAGUAGAUUCUAGCACAGCAGCCCAAGCAUCUGAAAAUGUCAAUAAAGCCUUUGAACUGCAGGAAGAACCAACUAAAUCAGAUAGCUCCAAAGAAACAAAGGAAAAAAGUAAUAGUCUUGUCCUGACAGUCGAGGAAGACAUAAAGAGUAAUGAAAAUCUGCUAGAGGAGAAUCACAAGAAACUCUGCAAGGGAAUGUCUCUCUCUAUUUGUUACUCAGCCAGUAUUGGAGGGAUUGCAACUCUGACUGGGACAACACCAAAUCUGGUACUGCAAGGACAAGUUAAUCAGCUCUUUCCUGACAAUGGCAAUGUCAUCAACUUCGCCUCUUGGUUCUCCUUUGCCUGCCCCACCAUGAUUGUGUUACUGGUUUUGGCAUGGAUUUGGCUGCAAAUACUGUACUUGGGCUUUAACUUUAAGAAUAAUUUUGGUUGUGCUGGAAAUGACGCUGCAAAGGCUAAGGAGCAACGGGCCUAUAACAUUAUCAAGGAAGAGAGGAAGAAAUUGGGCUCAAUGAAAUUUGCAGAAAUAGCAGUUUUGUUCCUUUUCAUACUACUGGUAGUGCUCUGGUUUACAAGAGACCCUGGUUUCAUACCAGGUUGGGCAACAGUUCUUUUCAACAAAAAUGAUACAAGCUAUGUCACUGAUGCUACGGUCGCCAUAUUCAUUUCAGUUUUGUUGUUCAUCAUCCCUUCCGACAUUUCUAACAGAGACAAACAACAAACAAGCAGCAAGUCAAAGAUCCAACCACCUCCAGCUCUCUUGGACUGGAAAACAGUUCACCAGAAAAUGCCAUGGAACAUUGUGUUUCUGCUGGGAGGUGGCUUUGCCUUAGCCAAAGGCAGUGAGGAAUCUGGUCUGUCUGCAUGGUUAGGUAGCAAACUGACUCCUCUGCAGCAUAUCCCUCAUCCAGCUAUUGCUAUCGUGUUGUGCCUCCUUAUUGCCACUUUCACUGAGUGCACCAGCAACGUGGCCACCACUACCCUCUUUCUCCCGAUUCUGGCUUCAAUGGCUGAAGCAAUCUGCCUCAAUCCACUCUAUGUCAUGCUGCCCUGUACACUUUCUGCAUCGUUGGCAUUCAUGCUCCCAGUGGCCACUCCUCCUAACGCCAUUGUCUUCUCAUAUGGACAACUCAAGGUUAUAGAUAUGGCCAAAGCUGGGUUUAUACUCAACAUUCUAGGAGUUCUGACGAUAACUCUAGCCAUCAACACCUGGGCUUCAUCUUUGUUCCAACUGCAAACUUUCCCAUCUUGGGCAAAUAAGACAGGAGCAUGCCUAUAAUACAGAGAGGCAAGAAACCAACAACUGUUUCUGUUGGAGCUGCAAUGAGUGGAAGACUAUCAUCUACACAAGUUUUGCCAAGGUGGUGGUUAAGAGACAGGUCUGUUCUGUGGAAAAAGACAAGCCACCUACAAGCAAAAUCAUUCAGUUGAUAACAGCAAUAAAAUUGCCUAACAGUGCUGUUUAGCAGGCAAUUUUGUUACCCCAGCAGUAAGAUGAGGUAACCUUUGGCUUUUCAACUGUUCCAGGUAUCUUUAGAUUUUCUGUCUCUGCAGGGGCAGAUUUUCCCCAAGUACUAGCUACAUAGCUUUUCAAGCUCCACCUGUAAAGUCUGGAAUCUGCAGUGAAAAAGGGAGAGGUAUAUAUAUAAAAGGAAGGAGAGAGACUCUGCGCACCUGAUUUCAUGCAUAUAUCUGUGUAUUGUCACAACUAAUACGAAUAUUCACCUGUAUAUGAGUAUACAGGCCUCUGUGUAUAUGUUCAAAGUGUAUACAAUUGUUAUAUACUCUAUGGGCAUUCACAGCAAGCCAUGUGGUGUAUAAUUACAGAAAAAGCACAUACUGUCAGCCCGUUCUAUUACUUUGAAACAUAUUUAUUUGCAGUCCACUUGUUAUGAAUGUAAAGGACCAUUUUUUCCUAGACUAUCUGUCCCAUCGUUAUUUAUGUAAGAUUACAGCCCGCAAGGUCAUGAUAAGAGGGGAG